UUACUCUGCUAGCUUCGCGUUCGACGACCGGUUAAGAGCUUUCGCCCACCGCGGACUAGACGUGAUGCGGGCAGGAAGAGAAUUCUAAAUAUUUGGGCUCCAAAAUGGGUCAGGCCUCGCGUUAGCCACCGCUAGCUUAGCGUAUAAUGUAAACAUUUUCUUGACACCCUUUAUGUUGCGCUUUUGCUUGUUUGAAACGUUAAAACCCGGUCGUGCAAACCGCCUUAAUCAGCCAAAUGUGUGUUAAAUGUUAUUUCGUAGCGACUACGAGUACGUGUGUGUGAGGCUGCCUUUGUAUUUGCCUCCAUUGGCACGCAGCCAUUUAAUGGCGAGUCCUUAUUUAGCUAACGUUAGCACCCCAAAGGACGAUGCUCAUUUUUGUUUGUUCGCCGUUCCCGAGUUAGUUAGGUCACCGGCGGCGUGUUUCGCUCCACCGCCUCGCCGUGCGGCCAGCCACUAGCCCCAGCCCGGCGUCCCGGCCGCCGGCGCAAUUAAUUCAGGCAAAUUGGCUUAGCCUCUUCGGCUAGCAUGGCCACCGGAAUUCAUCAAGCGAUUGUCUCGCUUCAUGGCGUCAGGCCUUGAUGAACACCUUUCCACACGCACACGCACACGCACAAGCAUGAGCACGUCGCCAUUUGAACAGUUAUCACUCUACUAUCCUCGUUAAGGUGUAUUUGUACGCUCUUUGUCCUCACUAUUAUGACAAUUCAGCGCACUAGUAAAGUAUGACAUUUCUGCACAUUUGAAGGACAACUGGUAUAUUUUACAAAUGAGACAAAACUGCACUAGUUGACAUCUGUGUGCCGUGCUACUACAGUAGUACUACAAGUGAAGCAUGCAAGCACACAGUUGCAAAGCAGUGCAAUUUUGCCUUACUACUGAGGACCGGGGUCCAAAUCCCGGCCCCGCCUGUGUGGAGUACCCAUGUUCUCCCCGUGCCUGCGUGGGUUUUCUCUGGGUACUCCGGUUUCCGCCCACAUCCCAAAAACAUGCAGGGUAGGUUGAUUGGAGACUCUAAAUUGCCCGUAGGUGUGAAUGUGAGUGCGAUUGGUUGUUUGUUUCUAUGUGCCCUGCGAUUGGCUGGCGACCAGUUCAGGUUGUACCCCCGCCUCUCGCCCGAAGAUAGCUGGGAUAGGCUCCAGCGGACCCGCGACCCCAGUGAGGAUAAGCGGAAAGGAAGAUGAAUGAAUGAAUGAAUGAAUAGUAGCCUAUUAUGUCGAAUGUGUCCUGCUGGACAAAGAGGGUACUAGUACAUGGACCUUAAGAUGGCUAUCAAGGACUUACUUGUAAUGUUUUUUCCACUAUUAGUGCCACUUUUGGCCUUCUAGUAAGCAACUUACUAGUUAGCUACUGUGCACCCUAGUUGUUGGAUAUCCAGCACAAGUAGAAUGACUAAGAUGCACUAGCACAACGACUGAAUCUUACUUGUAAUGUGUUUUCCACGACUAGUGCCAUUUUAGCCUUCUAGUACGACCUUAAGCUGGAUAUCGAAUAAAUGCAUACAUUUAUGGAAAGCGUUUGAGCAUUUAUUCGACACUUUAUGGAAAGCGUUUUUAGCAUUUAUUCGACACCUUGAUAUCCAUCUUAUUGUCCAUGCACUAGUACACUCUUGUCCUCCCUAAUAUGACAAGUUAAAGUACUAGAACGACCAGAGCAGACUAGAAUGACUGCGUCUUUAUUAGUAACGAUUUUCCACGGCUAGUGCCGCUUUUGGGCUAGUAGUACGCAAUUAAAUGUUAGCAAUGCUGCACUAGUAACAAUACUAGGCCCAGUGGAAGGCAGUAGUGGAAACAAUGUUACUACUAGUGCGCCUUAGUUGUUGAAUCAUACCCAAUUUAAGGCCCAUGUACUAGUAAGCGCUUUGUCCUCACUCGUAAAAAAGACAAUUCAUCACAUUAGUAGGAUGACAAUUAUUUCUUAAUGUCCUUUUGUCCGAGUAGUACAACCUUAAACUGGAUCAAGGAUAUCUAAUGCAUGCUCAAAUGACUUCCCAUCAAUAUAGUUUAGCGAAUAGUUCUAUUCUAAAGAAAACUUUACCAUGUUCACUAGACAUUUUGUGUUGUUAUUUUACCGCAUUUUCACAUCAAGAGUUGCCAAAUUCUACAUUGAAGAAGUGCAAGAUUACGUCUUUUUCGAGAACUCCUCCAGUAACCCUUACCUGAUCCGGCGAAUAGAAGAGCUCAACAAGACGGCCAGCGGCAACGUGGAGGCCAAGGUGGUGUGCUUCUACAGGAGGAGGGACAUCUCGCACAGCCUCAUCCAGCUGGCAGACAAACAUGCAAAGGAGCUGGAGGAGGAGAAGGAGAACCCCACAGAGACCGAGCUCACAGACAAACAGAAGCACCAGCUUCGCCACAGAGAACUCUUCCUCUCGCGCCAGUAUGAGAGCUUACCCGCCACGCACAUCAGGGGGAAGUGCAGCGUGGCGUUAUUGAAUGAGACUGAAGCGGUUCUUUCGUACCUCGACAAGGAGGAUACCUUCUUCUACUCGCUGGUUUAUGACCCGACGCAGAAGACCCUGCUGGCCGACAAAGGCGAGAUCCGAGUGGGGCCCCGCUUCCAGGCCGACGUGCCGGAAAUGCUCCUGGAGGCUGGUCAGGGAGACGACAGGGACCAGGCCAAACUGGAGGAGAAACUCUGGGAUCCGGAGUGUCCGCUCACCAACAAACAGAUUGACCAGUUUCUGGUGGUGGCGAGGGCGGUCGGCACCUUCGCCCGCGCGCUAGACUGCAGCAGCUCGGUGCGACAGCCAAGUUUACACAUGAGCGCGGCAGCAGCGUCGCGCGACAUUACACUGUUUCACGCAAUGGACACUCUGCACGCGCACAACUACGACCUGUCGAGCGCACUGAGCGUGCUGGUGCCGGCGGGCGGCCCCGUGCUCUGCCGGGAUGAGAUGGAGGAGUGGAGCGCCUCGGAAGCGGCCAUGUUUGAGGAGGCGCUGGAAAAGUACGGCAAGGACUUCAACGACAUCCGACAAGACUUUCUUCCCUGGAAGUCUCUGACCAGCAUCAUAGAGUACUACUACAUGUGGAAGACCACGGACAGAUACGUGCAACAGAAGAGGCUGAAGGCGGCUGAGGCCGAGAGCAAGCUGAAGCAAGUUUAUAUUCCCACAUAUAAUAAGCCCAACCCCAACCAGAUCUCGCUGACCAAUGGCAAGAUGGCGACCGUGAACGGCGCGGGGCCUGGAGCCUUCCACGCGGCGGGCGGGGGUCGAGCCUGCGAAAGCUGCUAUACCAUGCAGUCGGCCCAGUGGUACUCGUGGGGACCCCCCAACAUGCAGUGCCGCCUGUGCGUCUCCUGCUGGAUGUACUGGAAGAAGUACGGCGGCCUGAAGAUGCCUAGCCGAGCCGAGGUGCCCGAGGAGAGGACCUCCCCCAGCCCGGCCGCCAACGAGCCCCGGUCGCGGAGUCACGCCCCGCGCCAGUCCAACCACAUUCCCAUGCGCAACAGCGGCAGCCCCAAGUCGUCCAUGAAGACCAAGCAGGCCUUCCUGCUGCAGGCCACCCGCCUCACCAAGCUGGCGCGCCACAUGUGCCGCGACGUCAUCAGGCUGCGCCGCGCCGCGCGCCGCCCAUUUGUCCCCAUUAACUGCGGCGCCAUAAAGGCAGAGUAUGUCUCGAGGGUGUCUGAAGGUCACGGAACCCGCCUCCCCAAAAUCCGAGCGGCGCAGCGCAGCACUCUGACCAGCGUAGUGCAGUUUCUAGAGUCCCGUCCGGCAUCCCAGGCCCCCCGUUCCCACCGCACGGCCGGCCUGCAGACGCCGCCGCCGCGACGCCUCCUGUCCUCACUGCCGCACGGGCCCCACGGCAUGCUGGGAAAGCGCAGCUUCCACCACCACAGCAGAGGAGCGGAGCCAGACAGGCGCUCGGAGAAUCCCGGAACCACAGGUGGCGCUCUACUGCACAAUGGCCGCAGCAGCAGUGGCGGAAGCACCCGCGGAGGCGUGAUGAUCCGAAAGAGGCGCCCCAACUGGAUCGACGCCCCAGAUGACAGCUUCUUCCUCGUCACCCGGGAGACCAGGAGGGCGAGGCGGCUGCUGUCGCGCUCGCAGCUCCGGCGCGCUUGUCGGCAGCCCUGCGAGCAGAUCACCCUGCGGCGGGCCUCCCAGGCGCCCCCGCCGCAGGGGUUGGUCCUGGGGCCGCCGCACCCGCACCCCAGCCUGAGGAUGCGAGGCCCCAUCGUCAUCCACGACUGAUGGACACGUUCUCCUCCCUUCUUUUUCUCUUUUUCUCGUCAGACCCGUAUAGUCCUCGAUAGCCGUGAGCCGCCAUGCAACACAAAUACACACCUGCCCCCUUUUUGUUUCUUAUUUAGAUCCAUCCUGCCAAUUUAUUAGGUACUCCUUAAUUGGAAGUAAACGUAUGCUUCGUUCAGGAGGUGCGUCAGCCUCGACACUGCAGGGAUGUGGAACCUACGGAAUGGUGGGCCAGCAUACAGUCCCCCAGAGAAAUGAAUGUGGUUCUAAAACAAAAAACCCAAAUAAUAUAAUGUACAGAUAUUGCCCUGUGAUUGAAUUUUAAAAAAUGGAACAAAUUGAAAACAUAAAUGCUCACAAAAUACAGUAUUAUAGUUUGUUGCAUCAUUUUUUUUUAAAAUACAUUUCCUAAGACUUAAUAAAAGCUGAAAAAGGUUCCCUACCCCUGAAUGAAUAAACAGGAAUUGGAAUCUCAUCAUUCAAAUUUGCAAUUUGGAAAUAUAAAUUAGUUGUUUUAAGGAAUAAAUAAUGCAGUAUGAUUCAACAGCGUGGCGCAAAAACACAAUUAAUCAAGUUUACCAGAUAAACGGUCGAGUGACUUAAUAAAUCAAUGCGUGUGUGUGUGUGUGUGUGUGUGUGUUGUCAAGAUGAGACGAAUGCAGUUAUUUAUUUUUUUUUUAAUGAAUGGACAUAUGAACGUUUUGUGUUGAGUGUGACUCGUGAUGUAGGUUUGUAUAAUUUUUUUUUAGGGUGAGGAAGAGGGCUAAAAAGAGUUAUUAAAUGGGUUGACUUAUUUGUUAUCAAUCAAUUAAAUCUCCAUCCAAUGUCAAAUAUAAGUCCAAUCCUCAGGCAAGUUGUAUUUAAAUAGUAUGUAACGUAGGACAAAAUGACCACUGCAUCAUUAGCAUUAGCCAACGUAGACGAGGCAAAUGUCCAACGCUUACGUUUCAAAAUAAAAUUAGAAAAAAAAUGCACUUUUAAAAAAACAAAUUCACAUAGAUUUUGGUUAGUUAUUUUUUUAAAUCCCAAAGUUUGGGAGAAAGGCAUCAAUAAAAAGGAAUGAUACAAGCUUGGCACACAAAGGUAUUCACAUUAAAUAAGUGAAGCGCUGUGAAUAAUGCAUCUGGAAAGUAUUCACAGUGCUUCACUUUUGACCACAUUUGUUCCCUUACAAAUUUGGCCUUGCGCAUAUUCUCCAAGUCGACUUGAGCACAUUUCCUUACGCUCUUCAGAGGCUGUAGUAAGUCAAGCGCCCGGGAAUGUGAAACAUCGUAUUGCACUUGAUGUUUGGAUGCAAUUACAAUAUACCCCACACAUACUAAUAAUAUUCUGAAAGAGACUUCUAUUGGAUUUAUUUCAUACAAAAUAAAAAAAGGAUACAUGAAUAUUCAUUCACAGUUUACGCAUGGUGGGUGAGAAGCUCGAACGGGAGAACACGCGUAGAUGGAAAGUUUGCCAAUCCAGGCGUGUAAAAAAGGACUUUCCUGUGAGCAGGAGAAUAGGUCUAUUAGAUAUUCAUUCAAAAAGUAAAGCGCUGUCAAUUGAGUGCAUUGGGAAAUUAUUCAGUCCGCCUUAAUCCAAAAUUGACUACUGACUCAAGUCGUUUUAGAUAGGAUGCCCCACACUUGGCGCACAUAUCUUUGGUCAGUUUUUCCCAUUUCUGUCUUUUUUUUUUAUAUAUAUAUAAAUUUGCAAACAUCUGCAAAAAAAAAAAAAAAAAAACUAAGCGUUUAAUUGCUAACAGCCCUGGAACGCUGGCCUCGGCCUGCAACUCUUAUUGUUUAUAAUUAUGGUUUUUUUUUUAUGAGGGAAAAAAUAAAAUCAGGCAUGAGUUUCAGGUGAAACUCUGAUUUCUUCAUUGGGAAUGUUUGUGUUUUCUUGUAUGUAUGUCACGUGUUGAAUUCUGAAUAUGCUGAUGAUGCUCAUAAUAAAACUCCUUCAUCCUC